UUAUACGUGCGCGUUCUAUCCGUACAAAUAUAAGUUGCAUGAAUUCUAUUGCUAACUCUUAUUUUCAUCAUAACGUCAGUUUUCUGCAGAACGUUGAUUGUGAAAAAUAAACUAUUCGAUAAGUAGUUGACCAUGUUCUACAAAGCAAUUGAGUAUAAAAGCAAAAUAACUCAAACUUGGUUACCCCGAGGGCCACCACCUCCGGCGAUUUUAGACAGAAGCACAACAAAUGUUUUGAAAUGCACAUGGUGUGAAGAUAUGGAAAAUGGUCUUAGCCAAAUUCACUUCACAUGGAAAUUUGAUUUUGCAAGUGAGGAUAUUGAAAAGUUCGUCGGAACAAUUGACGUGAAGUUUCGUCAGUACCAGUUUCAAAACUAUGUAACGGUCCAGAGAGCUGUGACCUUGACAGAUCGUUUCAAGUGGGCAACAGUAAUUGUUGAGAAUCCAACCCGACGAGAGCAUGUUGAAGUCAUGUUUGAGUACAGCCUGACUCCGUGGUUAAGACCAUUACCGUUUUCAAGAGACGAAAUAUUUCUGCCUUCCGAAAAAAAUGACGCAGUUCUCGUGAUCGGAGAGCGGAAGCUUCAUGUUAACAAAGAUUUCCUUUGCUAUCAUUCCGACCACUUUCGAGAGUUGUUCUUUUCCAAUUUAAAAAAAGAUGCAUCAGUUGAAAUUGAACUCAGAGAUGUUGUCUAUGAAGAUUUUGGGCAUUUGAUGAGCACUAUUCAUCCCAACCCUGUGUUUCCAAACGACCGAUCCGUCGAGAAAAUUCUAGUACUGGCGGAUCGUUUUAAGGUUCAAUCCGCCAUCGACCACGUUGAACAUCAUUUACUUCACAACUCGCGUCUUGCAAAUGAAUGUAUGAUGUGGAUGGCUGAUAAGUACGGAAUGAAGAAACUUCUGAAAAUUUCAAUCCAAAACAUUGGUUCUCUUGAAAACGCAAAGAACCUCAAAAAUUCUACAUUGUUUGCCAGUUUGUCUCAUAAUGCUAAGGUUAUGGUAUUGGAACAACUGUUGAAGUUUAUUUGAGGCAUUUCUGUUUGACUAAUAAAUUUUUAUUUCAGCA